AUGGCUUUUCGUGCCUCAGACAAUGAGUUGGACCUGGAAAGUAUUGGAGAGCUGAUGGAAAACCCUGCGAUUACAAGACUGAACAGUAUAAAAGCAAAGGGAAGACUGAGUUUUGUAACACCCACAGAAAAUGAAGGUGAUACACAAUUCCUGACAUUUAAGCACACUACAAAAGCUCAGGAGAAGACAAGAAAACGACAGCAGCCUAUAAAACUAGAGCCUCUGCCAGUGCUAAAAGCCUACCAAGAUCAUAAGAAAUCAGAAUACAUAUAUGAGCAGAACCGAUACCAGUUAAUCACUUCUGGAGUCCUAAAGCCUCCAGGAAGCACUGAAGAAAGAAGUUCUACCAAAUCUCUUGUGCAGUUCAAGCGUGAAGAUUCUGUGAAAAAGAAAAAACAGAUCCAAUGGCCCUCUGCCGAGGCGUUCUCCCCCUCUCCUGCUAAACUGUCACGUACCAGCACUGGAAGAAGAGGCCUCUACGAGAUUAGUUCCUCAACUUACCCUAAGUACUAUUUCCACGACCGGGAAGAAGUCAUUAAAGCCAACAUUCAAGAUCCCUUGCAAAUCAUCAAAAUAGUACGUGAAAAUGAGCACAUUGGAUUUCUUUAUAUGAUCUCUGCGGUGCCAAGAUCUUCCACUGAGUACAAUAGAUAUAAUCUGAAGGUUGUGAAUUAUGAGAACAUCAGUAAAAAUGACUACUAUACUAUUAGCAAAAAUGCAGUAACACAUGUUUAUAAUGAUGACAUUGAAUUUAUCGAAAUUGAUCGAUGGGAACAAGAAUAUCUAUAUCACAGAGAACUCACUAAGAUUCCCGUAUUUUCACUUUUCCGGAAAUGGAAGGCUUUUAACGUGUGGAAGAAGAAUGUCCGCUCUAAAAACAUCAGUGGAUGUCGAGAAUCUCUACAAAAAGAUCUGUUCAUUGUUAACCAAUAUUUGCGACCAGCUCUCCUUAAAAUAAAUGAAUUGUGUUAUCAAUUGAGUUUUAUGGGACUUUGUUAUAUUGAAAAAUAUCACACUUACACCCUGCAAGAAUUUAAAGUUGCACAAGCCGUAUGGCUAGAGGAGGUGACAGGGCGCCUAGAAGAAUUUCGAAACGAGGCCAAAGAAGUGGUCAGAAAGGCUUGUCGAGUUGCUCUGUGUGCUGCAGGAUUUAUGCCUGAUGACUGUGCAUAUGAACUUAUUGAGGGUCACUGUAAAAUGCCAGAAAGCGGAAGUCUCGUUGAGUUGCCUACCUCUGGAGACUCCAAGAAAAUGACAUACACAGAGCAGGCCAGCAAAAGGCAUCACUGCAUGAGGCUAACAUGCUUUAUUCGUCUAAAUGACUAUCUAAUUGAGAACACAAUGCAUGUCGUAACAGUAAAUUCUACUAGCUACCUUUUGGAUUAUCUCACUGAUAAGUUAAAACAGACACCUUCAGCAGAUGUCAUUCAGAAAUGGAUUACAGAAGAGAAGCCUGAAGUCGCUGAUAAAAAGGGGGCCCCCGUGUUGGAGAAGCAGGAAGAAGAUGAAUCUCUCAUUCCCAUGUUUGUCACAGAACUGAUUUUGACAGUCCAGUCACUGCUCUUUGAGCCUCCUUUGGAAGAUUUUCUGGAUGGUAUUUCAGGCGCAAUUAACCAUUUCCAAAACACUGUGUUAUCAGUUCCUAAUCUUGUGCCUGAUUCAUAUUUUGAUGCUUUUACCAGCCCUUACAUUAACAACAAAUUGGAAGAAAAAACUUGUGGAUUUGGUCCAAGCUUAUCAGCAGUGUUUGAUGAUGAUAAGAAUUUUCACACAAUUAUCUUUCAAAUAAAGGAAACCAUACAGGCAGCAUUUGAAUCUGCUCAAUUAUAUGCAGCUACGUUUGAAAAGUUUCAGAUAUUCUUCAAGGAAAAUGAAAGUCUUGAUUUACAAGCUCUUAAACUUCAAGAACCUGAUGUUAAGUUCUUUAGUGAACAACUGGAAAAAUAUCACAGACAGCACAAGGACGCAGUAGCUCUAAGAUGCACCAGGAAUGUAGGAUUGCUGCUCAUUGACACUACGCAACUAAAAGAAAAACUAAUUCCAUCACCUUUGCGAUGCUUGGAGGUGCUAAAUUAUAUGCUUCCUCGUCUAAGCAAGAAAAAAGUGGAUGCCCUUGUCUCUGAGGCACAAGAUGCAGAAUAUAAACUUGAAUUUGUCCCAACUACCACCAUAGAAUAUGUUAACAACUUACUAUUUCUUGAUGAAAUUCAGGAAAGGAUUGAAAGCCUUGAAGAUGAAGGGAAUGUAGUGGUUCAGAUGUACAAGCUGAUUGAACAAUAUCAGGUUCCCACACCUCCCGAAGACUUUGCUGUUUUUGUCACUAUGAAGCCAUCCAUUGUUGCUGUUCGGAAUGCCAUUGAUAAAUCCGUGGGUGACAGAGAAACAAAGAUUAAGCAAUUUUGUGUGCAUCUGGGCAGAGAUCUUGAGGAUCUAAGCAAUGAAGUGAAUGAAAUAAAGCUGCUAGCACAGGAUCCACAGAUUUUGGAUAUUAACGCUGACCAAGACAAAGUAAACGUCAUGUUGAAUGAUCUGCAGUCAGUUCUAGAUGAUCUUCAAAAACGUGCAUUUCAGUAUAAAUCCUAUCAGAAGAAUUUUAAGGUAGAAGUGUCCAAGUUUGAAGCUUUGGAAGAAGUUAGUGCUGAAUUGAAGCUCAAACAAUUGCUCUGGGAUUCUUUAUCUGAAUGGGAUCAACUCCAACAAGAAUGGUUACAGUCUAAAUUUGACUGCCUGGAUCCAGAACUUCUAAACAGUCAAGUUUCCAAAUAUGCCAAGUUUGUGACUCAAUUGGAAAAAGGCUUGCCACCCAACAGUGCAGUGCCCCAGCUAAAAAGUAAGGUGGAAAAUAUGAAAGAAAAGCUUCCAGUUAUCAUUGACCUGAGGAACCCAACUCUGAAGCCUAGACAUUGGGCAGCUAUUGAACAAACAGUUGAUGCCACCCUAGUAGACCUUGACAUUCCAUUAACCUUGGAGAAGCUCUCUGAGUUGCAUGUUUUUGACUUUGGCCAAGAAAUCCAGGACAUUUCUGGACAGGCUUCUGGAGAAGCUGCCUUAGAAACACUUCUUAAAAAGGUGGAGGAUUCUUGGAAAACAACUGAAUUUGUCGUCCUCCCUCACCGUGACUCCAAAGAUGUGUUUAUCCUGGGUGGCACAGAUGACAUACAGGUCCUUCUUGAUGACAGCACCAUCAACAUUGCAACCAUUGCCUCAUCACGUUACGCUGGCCCACUGAAAACUCGAGUGGAUGACUGGCAGAAACAACUUGCUUUGUUUAAUCAAACACUGGAAGAGUGGCUGAACUGCCAGAGAAACUGGCUCUACCUAGAGAGUAUUUUUAGCGCUCCAGAUAUUCAGAGGCAGUUACCUGCAGAGGCCAAGAUGUUCCUUCAAGUGGAUAAGUCAUGGAAAGAAAUCAUGAGGAAGGUGAACCGGCUGCCUAAUGCUCUCCGAGCAGCUACUCAACCAGGACUUCUGGAAACUUUUCAAAAUAAUAAUGCAUUACUUGACCAAAUUCAGAAGUGUCUAGAGGCAUAUUUAGAAUCAAAAAGAGUUAUCUUUCCAAGAUUUUACUUCUUGUCAAAUGAUGAGCUUCUGGAGAUUUUGGCCCAGACACGAAAUCCCCAAGCUGUGCAGCCACACUUGAGGAAAUGCUUCGACUCCAUUUCAAAGCUCGAAUUCGCUCUCGUGCCUCCAACGGAGGGAAGAAUUCCUGGCAUGGAGGCGGAGCCAGAAAAGAUUUACACUAAUGAUAUUUUAGCGAUGCUGUCACCAGAGGGAGAAAGGGUGAGCCUGGGGAAAGGCCUCAAGGCCCGAGGUAACGUGGAGGAGUGGCUGGGCAAAGUGGAAGAAGCCAUGUUCACGUCUCUGCGUCGCCUGUGCAAAGCUGCCAUCGCUGACUAUCUGGGGAAACCGAGGACAGUAUGGGUGAUCGCCGGCCACCCUUCUCAGGUGAUCCUGACCAUUUCUCAAAUCAUGUGGUGCCGCGAUUUGACGGAGUGUUUGGAACGAGAAGACGGUGAUCAUUUAGAGGCCCUGGAAGCUUUUGAAAAAGUAAACUUUGAGAGAUUAAAUGCCCUGGCUGCAAUAGUCCGAGGCACUCUUCCUAAAUUACACAGAAACAUCAUAACUGCCUUAAUUACUAUUGAUGUACAUGCAAGAGACAUAGUCACUGAACUUGUUCAAGCCAAGGUAGAGGUAGUUGAGUCCUUUGACUGGCAGAGACAACUGCGCUAUUAUUGGGAUAUAGACCUGGACAAUUGUGUGGCAAGGAUGGCGCUCUCUCAGUAUACUUAUGGCUAUGAGUAUUUGGGUGCAUGCCCAAGAUUAGUUAUUACUCCUCUCACGGAUCGCUGCUACCUUUGCCUCAUGGGGGCUUUGCAGCUCGACCUGGGAGGUGCACCAGCUGGUCCUGCUGGCACGGGGAAAACUGAGACUACCAAAGACCUUGCAAAAGCUCUCGCCAUCCAGUGUGUGGUCUUUAACUGCUCUGAUGGCUUGGACUACAAGCUCUCUAGAUUCAUAUUUGAGGGGCGGGAAAUCAAGUUGGUUAUGACUUGUGCAGCCUUCAUCACAAUGAAUCCUGGAUAUGCAGGCAGAACUGAGUUGCCAGAUAAUUUGAAAGCCCUGUUUAGGCCCUUUGCGAUGAUGGUUCCAAAUUACGCAUUGAUUGCAGAGGUAAUUCUAUAUUCUGAAGGAUUUGAAUCCAGUAAAAUAUUAGCAAGAAAAAUGACUCAGAUGUAUAAGCUUUGCAGUGAACAGCUCUCUCAGCAGGAUCACUAUGACUUUGGCAUGAGAGCCGUGAAGUCUGUACUGGUCAUGGCUGGGUCUUUAAAAAGAGAGAACCCAGACCUAAGUGAAGAUGUGGUAUUGAUAAGAGCUUUACGAGACUCUAACUUACCAAAAUUCCUAACAGAUGAUGCUGUUCUAUUCAGUGGAAUCAUAUCUGACCUUUUUCCUGGAGUCCAAAUUCCAGAACACGAUUAUGGUAUAUUGCAGUCAACAAUUAUAGAUGUCAUGAAGAGACAAAAUCUUCAGCCUGAGACAUGUAUGGUUAAAAAAGUGAUACAGUUCUAUGAAACCAUGCUAGUAAGGCAUGGUGUUAUGCUAGUAGGGCCAACAGGAGGUGGCAAGACCACAGUUUACCAAAUACUAGCAGAAACUUUAGGGAAUUUGAGAAAACUUGGUGUAGACAAUCCCUUUUACCAAUCCGUUAAAACAUAUGUUCUUAAUCCUAAAUCAAUUACAAUGGGUGAAUUAUAUGGUGAAGUUAAUAACAUAACCUUAGAGUGGAAAGAUGGUUUGAUGGCACUAAGUAUCCGAGCAGCUGUGAAUGAUACUUCAGAAGACCAUAAAUGGAUCAUCAGUGAUGGGCCAGUAGAUGCUCUUUGGAUUGAAAAUAUGAAUACAGUCCUGGAUGAUAACAAGAUGCUUUGCCUGGCUAACAGUGAGAGGAUUAAACUCACACCUCAAAUCCACAUGCUUUUUGAGGUGCAAGAUCUAAAGGUUGCCUCUCCUGCAACAGUCAGUAGAUGUGGGAUGGUGUUUGUGGAUCCUGAAGAACUGAAGUGGAUGCCUUAUGUUAAAACCUGGUUGAAGAGUGUUUCUAAAAAACUGAAUGAAGAAACUCAAGAAUAUAUAUUGAAUCUUUUCCAGCGUUAUGUUGAUGACGGUUUAAAUUUUAUCAAUAAGAAAUGCAACCAAGCAAUCCCACAAGUGGACAUAAGCAAAGUUACUACGCUCUGUUGCUUAUUGGAGUCUUUGAUACUUGGGAAAGAUGAAGUUAAUUUGGCAAUGGAGCAAACAAAACUGAACACCGUACUGUGUCAGACUUUUGUAUUCUGUUACUUAUGGUCUUUAGGUGGGAAUCUAACUGAAAACUACUGGGAUUCUUUUGAUACAUUUAUUAGAACACAAUUUGAAGAUAAUCCUGAUGCCAGGCUUCCCAGUUCUGGUGAUCUGUGGAGCAUUCACAUGGACUUUGACACCAAACGGCUGGAUCCCUGGGAACAAAUCAUACCCACCUUCAAGUACAGCCGAGAUAUUCCGUUUUUUGAAAUGCUUGUCCCUACAGCUGACACAGUGCGCUUUGGGUAUCUAAUGGAAAAACUACUGGCGGUCAGGCAUUCAGUGCUGUUUACCGGAAUAACGGGAGUUGGCAAGUCUGUUAUUACAAAAGGACUGCUAAAUAGAAUUCAAGAAUCAGCUGGCUAUGUUCCUGUUUAUCUAAAUUUUUCUGCUCAAACUUCAUCUGCAAGAACACAAGAGAUCAUUGAAUCAAAACUGGAAAGGAAAAGAAAAAAUAUUCUAGGAGCACCAGGAAACAAACGAAUUGUGAUUUUUGUUGACGAUUUAAACAUGCCCAGACUGGAUCACUAUGGCUCUCAGCCUCCCAUUGAAUUACUUCGGCAAUAUCAAGAUUUUGGUGGAUUUUAUGACAGAAACAAACUCUUUUGGAAAGACAUACAGGAUGUAACGAUUGUAUCAGCGUGCGCACCUCCAGGUGGUGGCCGCAACCCCGUGACCGCCCGCUUCAUCCGACACUUCAGCAUGUUCUGUCUCCCGAUGCCCUCAGAGCACAGUCUGAAACAGAUUUUUCAGGCCAUCUUAAGUGGCUUCCUAAAUGACUUCCCACCAGCUGUAAAGCAAACUGCAUCCAAAAUUGUGGAAGCCUCAGUUGAGAUCUAUAACAGGAUGAGUGUGGAUCUUCUGCCUACACCAGCCAAGUCUCAUUAUGUCUUUAACUUGAGGGAUUUAUCCAAAUGUGUGCAAGGUAUCCUUCAAUGUGAUCCAGGAACAAUAAGAGAAGAGAUACAGAUAUUUAGACUUUUUUGCCAUGAAUGUCAAAGAGUCUUCCAUGACCGUUUGAUUAAUAAUGAAGAUAAGCACUAUUUCCAUGCUAUUUUGACAGAAAUGGCCAACAAACAUUUUGGAAUUGCAAUAGGCCUGGAAUAUUUUUUGACUAAGCCCAUCAUAUUUGGAGAUUUCGUUAAGUUUGGAGCAGAUAAGACUGACCGGAUUUAUGAUGACAUGCCUGAUAUGGAGAAAAUCGCAAAUGUUCUACAGGACUAUCUUGAUGAUUAUAACCUUACAAAUCCCAAAGAAGUAAAGCUGGUGUUCUUCCAGGAUGCUAUAGAGCAUGUUUCAAGGAUCGCCCGCAUGAUUCGUCAGGAAAGAGGCAACGCCCUGCUGGUUGGAGUGGGAGGCACAGGAAAGCAGUCUCUUACAAGACUUGCAGCUCACAUAUGUGGUUACAAAUGUUUGCAGAUUGAAUUGAGCCGGGGGUAUAAUUAUGACUGUUUUCAUGAAGACCUGAGGAAGCUGUACAAACUGGCUGGUGUAGAAGACAAGAAUAUGGUUUUCCUCUUCACGGACACCCAGAUUGUAGUAGAAGAGUUUCUAGAAGAUAUAAAUAACAUCCUGAACUCAGGUGAAGUGCCGAAUUUAUUUGAAAAGGAUGAACUGGAGCAGGUUUUAGCAGCCACCAGACCAAGAGUGAAAGAAGCAGGAAUUUCUGAGGGGAAUAGAGAUGAGGUGUUUCAAUACUUUAUCAGCAGAGUCCGUCAGAAGCUGCACAUUGUUCUCUGCAUGAGCCCCGUUGGGGAGGCCUUUCGGUCCCGAUGCCGGAUGUUUCCAUCCCUUGUGAACUGCUGCACCAUUGAUUGGUUUGUCCAGUGGCCCAAAGAAGCACUUCUUUCUGUAUCAAAGACGUUUUUCUCAAAUGUUGAUGCUGUAAAUGAAGAACUGAAAGAAAAGCUCUCCCUCAUGUGUGUGAAUGUCCACUUGAGUGUCUCCAGUAUGGCGGAACGCUAUUACACAGAGCUCCGGAGACGGUACUACACAACGCCCACCUCCUACUUGGAACUCAUCAAUCUCUACUUGUCUAUGCUGAGUGAAAAAAAGAAGAAGUUGGUUUCAGCACGUGAACGGGUAAAGAAUGGUCUCACCAAACUAUUAGAAACAAAUGUACUAGUAGAUGAAAUGAAGUUAGAUCUUUCAGCUUUAGAACCUGUCCUUUUAACAAAGUCACAAGAUGUUGAAGCCCUGAUGGACAAACUGGCAGUGGAUCAAGAAAAUGCUGAUCAGGUCCGAAGUGUUGUGCAAGAAGAUGAAGCGAUAGCAAAAGUGAAAGCCGAAGAAACCCAAGCCAUAGCUGACGAUGCUCAAAGAGAUCUUGAAGAAGCUCUCCCUGCACUCGAAGCUGCUAACAAAGCACUGGAUUCCUUAGAUAAAGCGGAUAUAUCUGAAAUCAGAGUUUUCACAAAGCCCCCAGAUAUGGUCAUGACUGUGAUGGAAGCCAUCUCUAUUCUCUUGAAUGCCAAGCCUGAUUGGCCAACGGCAAAGCAACUUCUUGGUGACUCUAACUUCCUGAGAAGACUUUUAGAAUAUGAUAAGGAAAACAUUAAGCCUCAAAUCCUGGCAAAGCUUCAAAAGUAUAUUAAUAAUCCUGAUUUCGUGCCUGAAAAAGUAGAGAAAGUAUCCAAAGCAUGUAAAUCCAUGUGCAUGUGGGUAAGAGCGAUGGAUCUGUACUCUCGUGUAGUCAAAGAAGUCGAACCAAAAAGACAGAAACUCCGCGCUGCACAGGCUGAACUUGAUAUUACAAUGGCUACUCUGAGAGAAAAGCAAGCAUUACUAAAAAACGUGGAAGAUCAGAUACAGGCCUUACAACGUGAAUACGACAAAAGCGUGAAUGAGAAAGAAAGUCUGGCAAAGACGAUGGCCCUGACCAAAGCACGUCUGGUACGUGCUGGAAAGCUGACGGCCGCAUUAGGAGACGAGCAAAUCCGAUGGGAAGAAAGCAUCGAGAAAUUCAACGAGGAGAUAUCGAACAUCAUCGGGAAUGUGUUCAUAGCAGCAGCUUGCGUGGCCUAUCAUGGGGCCUUCACAGCCCAGUACAGGCAAUCGCUUAUAGAGUGUUGGAUCCAGGACUGUCAGUCUCUAGAGAUCCCAAUCAAUCCUGCCUUCAGUCUCAUUAACACUCUUGGCGAUCCCUACGAAAUACGGCAGUGGAACACAGAUGGGCUGCCCCGUGACCUGAUAUCAACGGAAAAUGGCAUUCUGGUCACUCAAGGGAGACGGUGGCCUUUGAUGAUUGAUCCCCAAGAUCAGGCAAACCGUUGGAUAAGAAACAAAGAAAGCAAAAAUGAUUUAAAGGUCAUUAAACUCACGGAUAGUAAUUUCUUACGCACACUGGAAAAUUCAAUCCGACUUGGUUUACCCGUCUUACUGGAAGAGCUUAGAGAGAUCCUGGAUCCAGCUCUGGAACCCAUCCUUUUGAAACAGACUUUCAUCAGUGGUGGACGAGUGCUCAUUCGCCUUGGAGACUCGGACAUUGAUUACGAUAAAAACUUCAGGUUCUAUAUGACGACCAAAUUGCCAAACCCUCACUACCUGCCUGAGGUGUGCAUCAAAGUUACCAUCAUCAAUUUCACUGUAACCAAAUCAGGUCUGGAGGAUCAGUUGUUAAGUGAUGUUGUGCGGCUUGAGAAGCCUGAGUUGGAAGAACAAAGGAUUGAGCUCAUUGUGAGGAUCAAUGCUGACAAAACCCAGCUGAAAGCUAUCGAAGAGAAAAUCCUGAAAAUGCUCUUCACAUCUGAGGGAAAUAUUCUGGACAAUGAAGAACUUAUUGACACACUCCAGGACUCAAAGAUCACUUCCGGUGCCAUUAAAAUCAGGCUGAAGGAAGCAGAGUCCACUGAACAGAUGAUAAACACUGCUCGUGAGAAGUAUCGUCCAGUGGCCACUCAAGGCUCUACUAUGUACUUUGUUAUCGCGAGCCUCUCGGAAAUAGAUCCCAUGUAUCAGUACUCACUAAAAUAUUUUAAACAGUUGUUCAAUACAACAAUCGAAACCUCUGUGAGGACAGAUGAUCUACAGCAGCGCAUGGAAAUUCUACUAGAACAGACUCUCCUAACGGCUUAUGUCAAUGUCUCGAGAGGACUUUUUGAACAACAUAAACUCGUCUACAGCUUUAUGCUCUGUGUUGAGAUCAUGCGUCAGCAAGGAAGCUUAACUGAUGCUGAAUGGAAUUUCUUUCUCCGAGGUUCUGCAGGAUUGGAAAAGGAACGCCCACCUAAGCCUGAAGUUCCCUGGCUGCUUACUGCCAUGUGGUUCGCAUGCUGUGACUUAGAAGAAGAAUUUCCAGUUUUUAAAGGACUUACACAAUACAUAGUGUUACAUCCUAUUUCCAUACGCAUAGGAUCUUUUGAGACUUAUCUUAACCCACCUGAAUGGGAAGCCUAUUCUAAAAUAAAGGAGGAUGAUCAACUCAUGACAACAGAAAGGGUGCCCACAAACCAUAAUUUUUGGUGUCCAGAAUUAAGUUAUUUCCAUAAGCUAAUUCUUAUUAAAUGCUGUAAAGAAGAAAAGGUGGUUUUUGCUCUUACAGACUUUGUAAUAGAAACUCUUGGGAAAUCCUUUGUAGAGACACCACCCAUGGACCUGCCCUCUCUGUAUCAAGACAUGUCAUACAAAACUCCCCUGGUAUUUAUCUUAAGCACAGGCUCAGAUCCCAUGGGUGCAUUUCAGAGGUUUGCCCGGGACAGCGGGUAUUCAGAACGGGUGCAGUCAAUUUCCCUGGGGCAAGGACAAGGACCGAUUGCUGAAAGAAUGAUCAAAGAUGCAAUGAAAUCAGGAAACUGGGUAUUUUUGCAAAACUGCCAUCUUGCUGUUUCUUGGAUGUUGGCAAUGGAGAAGCUAAUUAAAACCUUCACAGAUUCAAAUAUUGUUAUCAAGGACACAUUUCGACUUUUUUUAAGUUCCAUGCCUAGUAAUACAUUUCCUGUUACAGUUCUUCAAAAUUCUGUCAAGGUAACCAAUGAGCCUCCAAAAGGUUUACGUGCAAAUAUCAGACGAGCAUUUACCGAAAUGACACCUUCAUUUUUUGAAGAAAACAUACUUGGAAGAAAAUGGAGACAAAUAAUAUUCGGCAUGUGUUUCUUCCAUGCAAUUGUUCAGGAGAGAAAAAAGUUCGGCCCUCUUGGUUGGAAUAUCUGCUAUGAAUUUAAUGACAGUGACAGGGAAUGUGCUUUACUGAACCUCAACCUUUACUGUCAAAAAGGAAAGAUUCCCUGGGAUGCAUUGAUUUACAUCACUGGUGAAAUUACAUAUGGUGGUAGAGUUACAGAUACCUGGGAUCAAAGAUGCCUUCGUACUGUUUUGAAAAGAUUUUUUUCUCCUGAAACAUUACAAGAGGAUUAUAAAUAUUCUGAAUCAGGUAUCUAUUUUGCACCUUUGGCUGACAGCCUACAAGAGUUUAAAGACUACAUUGAAAACCUGCCUUUGAUAGAUGACCCAGAAAUAUUUGGAAUGCAUGAAAAUGCCAACUUAGUUUUCCAGUACAAGGAGACCAACACUUUAAUCAACACCAUACUUGAGGUUCAGCCGAGGUCAUCUUCUGGUGGAGAGGGAAAGAGCAAUGAUGAGAUUGUCCAAGAACUCGUUGCUUCUGUCCGGACCAGAGUUCCAGAAACUCUGGAGAUGGAGAACGCUUCCGAGAGCCUUUUUGUCAAGGAUCCUCACGGACGCCUUAACUCCUUGACCACUGUUCUUGGACAGGAAGUGGACCGGUUUAACAAUCUGCUGAGGCUCAUACAUACCUCUCUAGAUACGCUCAACAAAGCCAUUGCUGGAUUGGUGGUGAUGUCUGAAGAAAUGGAAAAAGUGUAUAACAGUUUCCUCAACAACCAGGUUCCCUCUCUGUGGUCCAACACAGCCUACCCAUCCCUGAAGCCACUAGGAUCGUGGGUCAAAGACCUUAUUCUGAGGACUGCAUUUGUGGACCUGUGGCUCAAAAGAGGACAGCCUAAGUCCUUCUGGAUCUCCGGUUUCUUCUUUCCUCAAGGAUUUCUAACAGGAACUCUUCAAAAUCAUGCUCGGAAAUAUAAUUUGCCUAUAGAUGAGCUGAGUUUCAAGUACAACAUGAUUCCUAUCUAUCGGGAUCAAGCCACAGUUAUAGACGCUGCCAAGACAGUGCAGUUUGGACAAGAACUGCCCAUGGACAUGGAGUUGCCCUCUCCUGAGGAUGGUGUUCUUGUCCAUGGGAUAUUCAUGGAUGCUUCUCGAUGGGACAAUGAGGAGAUGGUGAUAGAAGACGCACUGCCCGGACAGAUGAAUCCAAUGCUGCCUGUGGUGCAUUUUGAACCCCAACAAAAUUAUGAGCCAAACCCAACACUCUACCACUCCCCACUUUAUAAGACAGGGGCCCGGGCAGGAACACUCUCAACCACAGGUCAUUCAACCAACUUUGUGGUGACCAUCCUCUUACCCUCCAAGCGGUCCAGAGAUUACUGGAUUGCCAAGGGAUCGGCUUUGCUCUGCCAACUAAAUGAGUGA